UAAACGCUAUCUAUGUAGGUACGUGACUAAAUGUAUUUCUGACGUGAUAUGUCCAAUAUGAAGUCGUUAUCAUUUUCGUAGUGCGUGUCAGAUUAUCAAACUGUGUACAUCCUUUUUAUUUAUUUAAAUAACUUUAUUGACCAAAAUAUUAUACGAAUAAGUUACAAUAGGCGGACUUAAUGCCAGUAGCAUUCUCUACCAGUCAACCUUUGCAGUGAAGAGUGAAUCACGAACGCGGUACGUCAUUAUUGGAAUAGAUCUCCAAAUAGAAUUAUUUCUUCUUACAUAAUCCCAUAUAUAAAUCUAUUAUGCGUAGUGACCAAUCCGGACAUUGAAGGAAGUACAACAUGAAUCACCAUUACGAAAAUACUGCUGACGAAUGCAUUGUAAUUUGCAACAUAUGCAAUGUAAAAGUGCCAAAUACAAUUAAUAACAGAGAUGAACACUCGUAUGGUGUAAGGCAUGAAACAGAAUACGAUAAUCUUUUAUUAAUAAAUAAAAUGAAAAUGAUAAAUGAUACGUUAUAUUGCCAUGUUUGCAAUCUCACAAUGUAUAAUACGGAUGACUUAGACCAUAUAAAUGAUGUGAAUCAUCGUUACAAAAUAGAAAAACCUAAAAUCCAUCCCCAUAUGGAAAAAAAAAAUGGUAACAAACUGGAAUGCCGUGUCUGUGAAGUAGUAAUUUCUAGUAAAGAUCAUUGUGUCAGUGAACACGUUGAAGGUAACAACCACACGAUCAAUUACUCCAAUCUACUCGAAGACAAUAUGAUUAAAAAUAUUGGCAAGCGUGUAUUUUGCGAGCUUUGUCGUCGAUUUGUGAAGGCGGUAAAAGUUAUUGAUCAUGUUCUAAUGGACGAAGAUCAUAUAGAUAGGUACAUUUGCAGUUUGAAACAAAAUCCAGAACCUCUUCAUUACCAUAUGUGCUACAGUAGUGACCCCAAGAUAGUCAUCUGUAAAGUUUGUGAUAAAAGCAUCACUUGUACAGUGAUCAAUAAUCAUAUUAGUAGCAUGAUUCAUUUACAAAAGUUUAAAACAACUCUUGCGUUCAACAAAAUGAGGAAGACGAGGAACAAAAAGAAAUAUUAUUGUGAUAUUUGUCAUGUUUAUGUUCCUAAUAAGAACGAAUUGGAACAUAUUAAUGGUAAAAAUCAUGCAGAAAGUAUUAAGGUAAUGAUAAUGAAAAGAAUGUUUAACGAUUUAUCUGAAAAUAAUAUUUAUUCAUCAGACGAUGAAUAUGAUGAAGAGGAUGGUACUGAAUAUAGUUGGGAUGAUGAUGAGGAGGAUGGUACUGAAUAUACUCGGGAUGAUGAUGAUGAAGAGGAUGAUACUGAAUAUACUCGGGAUGAUGAUGAUGAAGAGGAUGAUACUGAAUAUAGUUGGGAUGAUGAUGAAGAGGAUGAUACUGAAUAUCGUGACGAUUAUAGGUAUGAUAAUAAUUAUAAUUAUUAACUUGAAGAAUUUUCUUUUAUCUUUAUAAGGUAUUAACUAUUGAUAUUGGAGAUUGUGGAUUUAUAUUUGGUGGAAUUUGGAAUCCAUCUUAAUAAGUUGGACAAAAAACCUAUGGAAUGACGUCGAAAAUGGUGUUGGGUUUAAAACUUAUGGAAGUAAACAAUAGAAGUACCUAAAUAGUAGUUUAUAAAAAAAAUUACUUGACUGAAAAUAAUAUAGGAUUUUUAAUGGCAUUUAAAUGGAAUGGAAACCUUCCCUACGUAGUAAAAUGAAAGCUCUGAGAAGUAUGUGUGGUAUUACAUUAAAAGAUAGAGUAAGAAACAGUGUGAUUAGAGAGAAGUGUAGACUGAAACACGGUGUAGUGACAAAAAUCGAAAAGGGAAUGUUGCGUUGGUUUGGCCAUUUGGAGAGGAUGGAUGGAAGAAGAGUUACGAAGUAGAUUUAUUGAGCACGAAUAAAUGGAGAUGUCGGUAGGGGCCGCACUAGACGGACGUAUGUUUGAAUAAAAAGGCGACGUGCUGAAGAAGAGCCAAAUUAAAAGUACCCGUAACCGGCGAGCGUGUAUGAAAAGAUUAGACUGUGGGAGAAACGAAAGAGGGAGACUUUGUACAAAAAUCGAUUGCUUGAGUACCUCUGUCCCAUUCGUGUUUCAACCGUGAAGCAGUUGUGUUUGCAUGGCUGUGUUUUUGAAGGGUGGAAUAUGGCAUAAAUUUACUGGGUACAGAGGAAUAACAUCUGAGUCCUCAGGAAUGGCAACGCAUGGGGGUAUCAUGGGCGAAACAGUAUACUCUGUUAUGUCUACGGUACUGCUCAUGUCUAUAGGCGACGGUUACCACUUUACAUCAGGUGGGCCGUCAGCUUGUUUGCCAUUCUAAGUUGUAUAAAAAAAAGAGGGUUGUUUGAAUCGAAGCAUUUGGCGUUCCAUUGUUUCUGCUUAUUCUAAUGGAAGACAGGGAGACGUGACAUGUAUGUACGAGUAUGUACCUUCCCUAUAGUGUACGAAAGAUAACGGCGAGUGUCAAGGAAACUGACUGCCGAUUUACAAUAUUUUUCUUUUAUCUGAAAGGAAAUACAUAUUGGUUUUAUAGAAAUUUUAUAAAGAGCGAUUUAGUAGUUUAGUUUCUAGAUUAAAAUAACUGGUUUUGUCACAAUUUAAGUGUUUUUUUUUUGUGAAGACACUUAUUGUCUAUUUACAAUUAUUAUCUGAUAAUGAAAUGGUAACCCCUGCGUUAAAUGUAUACGCUAGCUGAGCGCCAUGCCGUCAUUGCAAAUUCACCAGGAAUUAAACGCGAUAGUUUCCAGAAAAUCAGAAUGGAUUUUUGCAACGUGACCGAAUACCUAAAUGCCAAUAUUGAAUUAUAGCAUUAUUAUUUAUUUAGGUUUAACUGUAAGAAGUGUGACAAUAAAAAUUUUAUAACUUGAAGUCAUCAUUAUUGGUAUAUAGUUACCAUUAUAUUGACAUGUAGUAACUAAUUUAUAAUGUUAACUAUAAUUCAUUUGUCAUUUUAUUUUUAUUUUGUAAUUUAAAUGUUAUUAUUAUUCUUAUUAUUUAUUUUAUUAAUUUCAAAAUUAGAAUGUAAAUAUUGACUGGCCAUUGUGUGACGAAAACUGUUACAUUGGUUAAUAAAGAAUUGACUUUAAGCAAUAUACUGUAUAUUGCUAAAUGCCAGUAAAGCCUGGAAGAGAUCGCUCUUAGCGAUAAGGCCGCCCAUUGUUUUAUCAUUGUUAUUAUUUCUUAUAAUUGUUUGUAUGAUAAGUUUUCUAUUGUAAUCUUAUGGUGGAAACAAUAAAGAGUAUCUAUCUAUUAUACCUGUA